AUGUUUGGUUGCCCAGAAAAUCAAAGAGGAAAAACAAAAAAACAAAGCUUUGUAGUAGAAUCAUUCAUGGCUUUCUUUGCGUGUUAAACAUUCACUAACCUAAAACUUCGUUUUAAGUUGGAAUGUGAAAAGAUAUUCACUUUAAGGUAUUUUUGAAGCAGCAAUCAUGAGAUUCAAGAAGGGAACUAAAGUCGAAGUGUUGAGCAAAUCAUCGGUUCCAUCUGGUGCCUGGUGGUCUGCUGAGAUCAUAUCGGGAAAUGGGCAUUAUUACACUGUCAUGUAUGAUCAUGAUGGUGGUACGGAGAGGGUACCGAGGAAGAGUAUGAGGCCCGAGCCUCCUCGUUUACAAGUCCUUGAUUCUUGGGGUCCUGGUGACAUUCUUGAGGUUUUCGAAAGUUGUUCGUGGAAGAUGGCAAUCGUUUCCAAGGUUUUGGAAAAAGGUUGUUUCUUGAUUAGAUUACUUGGUUCUUCAGUGAAGUUCAAGGUAACCAAAUCCGACAUUCGGGUUAGACAAUCUUGGCAGGAUAACGAGUGGAUCAUGAUCGGACAGGGUGCAUCAAGAUUAAGCGCACAGACUUCAACAGGAGAAUUAGGGAGAAAGGUGAAUCCGAAAGCCGACUACAUUUCAUCUGAGAGCAAAGACAAGCUUGAUGAGUCUGAUGUACCUUUGUCAAAAAGUCUAAAGAAACGGACUUACUCUUUGGUUGAACCACAUAAUCAAACUAGAGUUUUAGCUUAUCCUCCAAAGUUUCAUGAAGAAGGAAAAGAAGAAGAAGAUAGAGAGAGUGUUGCUUCUUCUGUUGGUAGUUGUAGCAUGGAUACGGAUGGUCUCAGUGCUGUUUCAUUCAAUCCCAUUGAAACCGGUAGCUCUAGUGACACAGAGUCAUCAUCUUGUGGCUACGGGAAGAUCAAGAAGUUGGGGGUUCCUCCAAUAAAAAGCUCAGAGGCUGCUGAUGUUCAUAGGUUAGAGUUGGAUGCAUACCGAUGCAGUAUCGAGAGAUUGCACGCAUCUGGACCAAUUAUAACUUGGGAACAAGAAACGUGGAUAACAAAUCUCCGUCUCAGAUUGAACAUUUCGAAUGAGGAACAUCUGAUGCAGAUAAGAAACCUUAUCUCUGACGAUAACAGUACAAUAUACAGAUAGCAGCAGCAUUGAUAACUACAGUUUGUGUUACAUAGAAUAAAAAUUGAGUGUAGGUUGUACAAAAUGUCAUUCUAUUUUCAAGCAGGGUUUUUGAUUUA